GCUCCAUCUCUAUACUCGUUAAGGACCAGCAAAGGACCUAUACAGACAUGGUCCUACAAGGCAUCAAAACUUCUAUCCUAUCAACCAGGACUACAACCUCACAACCGUGGUUACACUUUCCUGACAGCCAGGCAGCAAGAUGCUCUGAAUGUCCCUGGCAAACCUUCUCGACGUACUCUCCAAGCCAUACCGACUACCACUCUCGUGCGUUCGCUCAUUGUACUUUCGGCCACCGCACUUCCGGCAAAGCUGCUGGCCUCUCUCAUCCGCUUGACCAAGAAGCACGUUGGCAUCAUCGAAUCCGUUGGUCCCUUGCGAUGGAUCUUCAAGAGGUUGUUGUACGAUAACUUUUGUAUUGGCUUUCGGAAAGACGAGAUUUUGGCCAAGACUCAAGGACUGCGUCACAUCGGAUUCACUGGCAUAGUUUUGGCAAAUGCUCGUGAAGCCCAGCCUGUCACAGACUCCAAUACAGGAUCCGUGAUUGACGAUGCUCAAUGCGAAGAGUGGGUCAAUAACAAUCUUAAGUCCGUACAGCAAGCAGAACCGGGUGACUACAUCGGUUUGAGAUUUACGGGCGCAGGCACAGCAGCAGCAAGAUUUCUGUCCUAUUUCUCGGCCACUUGCAAAUCCCAAGAUCUGGAAGAGGCGAGCAGAAUCUACUCUGUUGAGAUGCAAUACUAUGCUGCUCAGGUGGAACGGAUAUGUACGGCAGCUGGGGCGCGAAAAGUGCGAGUUUUGAUCGAUGCCGAAUCAUCGACCUACCAGAAGGCGAUCGACUAUGUAGCUCUUCGCACUAUGAGCCACUUCAAUACUUCGCACAGAGCCUUGGUUUUCAACACUUAUCAGAUGUCAGUCCCUGACAAAUCCCUGAAGAGCACCNNGUAUUUGAGAUCAAACAUCGACAAAAUAAGGCUGCACCUGGAUCACUCGAUCAAGCAUGGCUAUGUUCUGGGGGCCAAACUGGUGCGAGGUGCGUACCUGUCUACGGAACUUGAAAAACAAGCUCUACACAUCUCCAAGCAACAGACGGAUGAAGCAUAUGACGAUGCUGUUCGUUUCCUUCUGCAUGAAGAGAGUGGUACAGCCUGGAAAGUCGACAUUAUGCUAGCAACACAUAAUGCAAAAAGCGUCCGACAAGCCUUCGACCUAUACACCAGAACUUAUAUGACCUCACAGCANAAAGAUAAGCCUGAGCCUCAAGUUCGUGGUAUGACUUUUGCUCAAUUGAUGGGAAUGGCCGACGAAGUCUCGAUGGACCUGGUCAAUAAGAUUGAGCAGGCGAAGAAGGACGAUUCAAUCAGGUGUUUGACGGAGGCGGACGAGGUGAACUUGUAUCCUCGUCUUGGCGUUUACAAGUACACUGCUUGGGGAUCUCUGCGCGAUUGUCUUUUAUACAUAUUGAGACGAGCAGAAGAGAACAAAGACGCUGCCGCUCGGACUCAGGAUACCGCUCUUGCAGUCUUGCGCGAGCUUCGAUCAAGAGUCUUGCGAAGGACU